CGGUCUGUGCUGCGUGUACACUGGCUGGCUCGUACGGAAGCCGCGCGGGGUCACUCUCGGUCUGUCUCUUUCUUUCUCUCUCUCUCUCUGUCUACUGGGCCGGCGUGGAAGGCAGGAGGCAGCGAUGGCUCCCAAGGGCGGCAGCGGCGGGGCUCGGCAGCAGUCCGAGGAGGAGCUGCUUCUGCAGGACUUCAGCCGCAACCUCUCGGCCAAGUCCUCGGCGCUGUUCUUUGGCAACGCCUUCAUCGUCUCCGCUAUCCCGAUCUGGUUGUAUUGGCGGAUUUGGCAUAUGGACCUUGUUCAGUCUGCAGUCCUGUACAGUGUAAUGACCCUUGUCAGUACCUACCUGGUUGCUUUUGCCUACAAGAACGUAAAGUUUGUUCUGAAGCACAAAGUAGCUCAGAAGAGGGAAGAUGCUGUUUCCAGAGAAGUCACUCGCAAGCUCUCUGAGGCAGACAACCGGAAGAUGUCACGUAAGGAGAAAGAUGAGAGAAUUUUGUGGAAGAAGAAUGAAGUGGCUGAUUAUGAGGCAACCACGUUCUCCAUCUUCUAUAACAAUACUCUCUUCCUGGUCUUGGUUGUCAUUGCCUCGUUUUUUGUGCUGAAGAACUUCAAUCCCACCGUAAAUUACAUCCUGUCCAUCAGUGCUUCAUCUGGAUUGAUUGCUCUGCUCUCUACUGGCUCUAAGUAAAUGGAAGUGGAUGGGUGACCCUGUCCACUCACACAAAAGCUUGAAAGAUAAGGAGGGGUUGCCUUUCUGCAGCUGAAAACAUGGGAAAUUUGCGGUUUUUAAAAACACGAUAUGGGUGGAAAUGUCCGUUCCAUUUCCUUGAUGAAACAAAAACGACUGCAUUGGAUAUUGUGAAAAGCUUUUGAUGGUUAAAAUUUCUGUGGAAUCUAAGAAUACCAAGUGACCAUCGCAAGAACUGUGCCUGGAGUUCUGCAAGAGGAAUAUUUGGAACAAAUAUUUUGUUACCUGUCAGUAAAAGGAACCUUAUUUUGCUGUAAGCAGUUAUCAUACCUCUUAAUGUUUUGUAACCAUGUUUGAAUAAAGGCAUUUCAAAAAUU